CACUAGUUCUGCAGAUAAUUUUGUUUAUGGGCUUAGCCCAGCAUAUAUUUUAGAGCCCAAUUUGUAUCUGUCUCUUCUUCUACCUAGCAAGAGAACCUCUGCAACAUCUCAGGUAACAAUGUUCACCAGGUUUCGUCUAGUUACGAAUAAGACUUUCUCCACCACCACCGUUCUUAGGCUCGUGUCUUCACGCGCCUCCACGGACACGUCAUCCUUAUCUCAUCAUAAUAGCUUGAAGGAGAUACUGAGAAAGAACGGUCCACGAUUCAGCGUCCCUUCCCUGCUCCAGCAACGACUCGACUCGGGCCACCCCGUCACGUUACCGGAGCUCCGGUCCAUCACCCACCGCCUCAUUAAAUCUAACCGCCACGAUAUCGCACUCCAGAUGAUGGAGUGGAUGGAGACUCAAAAAGACGUUCACUUCUCUACCUACGACACGUGUCUUAGAUUGGAGUUGAUCAUCAAAAGCCACGGCUUGAAACAAGCAGAGGAGUAUUUUGAGAAUCUCUCUCUGAAAGCUUCAAAAGCAUCUUAUCUUCCCCUGCUUCGUGCUUAUGUUAGGGAUAAACUGGUUCUUGAAGCUGAAUCUCUCAUGGAGAAGAUGAAUGGAUUGGGGUUUCUCGUCACUCCACACCCGUUCAACGAGAUGAUGAAGCUUUACGAAGCCACUCACCAGUACGAGAAAGUGGUAUUAGUGGUUUCGUUGAUGAAGAGGAACAAGAUACCGAGAAACGUUCUUUCUUACAAUCUCUGGAUGAACGCUUGUUGUGAAGUAUCCGGUGUGGAGUCUGUUUACAAGGAGAUGGUUGAUGACAAGAGUGUUGAAGUUGGGUGGAGCUCUUUAUGUGCUCUAGCGAAUGUUUAUAUCAAGGGUGGUUUUGCUGAGAAGGCGAGUUUGGUGCUUGAGAGUGCGGAGAAGAAGUUGAACAGAAGCAGUAGGCUUGGAUACUUCUUCCUCAUCACACUCUAUGCUUCUUUAGGAAACAAAGAAGGAGUUGUGAAGCUUUGGGAACGUUCAAAGUCUGUUUCCGGCAGGGCUACUUGUGCAAACUACAUAUGCGUGUUGACGUCCUUGGUGAAACUUGGUGAUCUUGCAGAAGCUGAAAGGGUGUUUAGUGAAUGGGAGGAGACAUGCUGUAACUAUGAUGUUAGAGUCUCAAAUGUUCUUUUGGGUGCUUACAUGCGUGGUGGAGAUAUCCGCAGAGCCGAGGGGUUGCACCACCGUGUGUUGGAGAGAGGAGGUGUUCCAAACUAUAAGACUUGGGAGAUUUUGAUGGAGGGGUUUGUGAAGUGUCAGAGUAUGGAGAAAGCUAUUGAUGCUAUGCACCGAGCGUUUGAACUGAUGAAGGACUGUCAUUGGAGACCGUCACAAAAGAUUGUCAUGGCCAUUGCUGAGUACUUUGAGAAGGAGGAGAAGAUGGAUGAAGCUAACAGAUAUGUUAGAGAUUUACAUCGUUUAGGUCUUGCAAGCUUGCCGUUAUACAGAUUGUUACUUAGAAUGCAUGAACAUGUCCAGAGGCCAGCUUCUGACAUCUAUGAAAUGAUGAAGUUGGACAAAAUUAUAAUGGAUAGAGAAAGUUAAGGGAACAAACAUUAAAGAAUGUUACCAUAGUAGAAAUCUUUAUGUGUACAAGAAGUCAAUUUUUUACCCGUACAACAGGUUAACUUUUUACU